CAGCCACCACGUUCGAACUACAUAUAUUCUUGGAUCUGUGCUGCGACAACUGCAACGCUUUAUGUUCAACUGGUAGCUACGACAUUCAACGACUGAUCCUUCCUUCAACUUCAACCAUUUCCCUCCUUCAUAUUCAUUCUAUGGCGCUGGCUUCACACGAGAUCGGAACACUAAUUGUUGUUGUCUUGAAAGCCAAAAAUCUGCCCAAUAAGAGGCAUAUAGGGAAGCAAGCGCCAUAUUGCUGCGCAUUCUUGAAUGAAGAGAAACGUCGCACAAAGGCAAUCAAGCGGGGCGGUCAGCAUCCAGAAUGGGACGAGGAAUUCCGCUUCACUGUAUACGAGGCCACCGACGAUGAGCUAGCAAUGAAUUCACAGUCGACGGACACACCACCGCGACCUCCGCCGAAGAGUCGAACUCCAAAGAAAAUAAAGGGCGGGAAUUCGAUGAGGGUUCAGUGCUAUGCAGAUGAUCCCCGUGAACCAGACUUGAUCGGAGAGGCAGUGGUCGACUUGACAGAAGUCCUCACAAAGGGAGAGACGGACGAGUGGUUCACACUCAUGAACAAGGACAAAUAUGCGGGGGAGGUAUACAUCGAGCUGACUUUCUGGUCAAACGAACCUCCUCCAGUGAAAAGAAGUGCGCCGAAACCAGCUGCCGGGAAUAGCAAUUACGGUGGUCCAGGGAAUUUCGUACCAGCCAAUGGCAGUACCUCUUCUUUGAACGGAUCCAGCGCACAUUCGACCCCUUCCCGACUUUCUCUCUCUAACAGCAACCUCGACAGUCAUCUGCCAUCUACUAUUCGUUCAUCACACUCGAGAGCAGAGCUCUAUGCACCGGCAUAUGAACAAUGGAACCGCGUAUCGCCAUCGCCCGUCGAUCAGCUUGCCAAUGAUUUUGGGGAAUUAGGUGUUAUGGAUCCCAGAAGGCGAGAGAGCUUUCCGCCCGCACAAACCAUACGUCCCUCAACGUCGACGGGCUUUAGUUCAUUGCCUUUGCAUACGCACUCAUAUGAUCAGCAUGCACUUGAUCACGAGACGUCGACGAUCUCGCACGAUGGAGGGAGAGCCGCUGCCACUUCAACAUCCAGGAUCCCUUCAGGUCCUGCUCCAUACUACCCUCCUUAUGAAAACGGUUUGACUGUCAACCAUCCUCCCCCUCCUCCAUCCCGACAAGGACACGCUGGACCGCGAUAUAGUCUGCCGGCUUCAUCCUCGGGCUUCAUGUCGAUACCAUCACCAGCUCCGUCUUUUGGCACAAUGUCGUCUUAUUCAUCGGAGCCAUCCGGUUUCUUAGUGCAGGAAAGACCUCCAUUACCGAUUCCUCCAUCUUAUGCUCCAGCUCCUGCCAGCUACUCGCCUCCUCACCAGAUUGGCCAUCCAUCCCACCCUCCUCUUCCACCGCCACCCGUCACACCCGUACCUCCCCCUAGUGCAUCUCAUCAUAUUUCACACUCAUUCAGCACUCCGCAAUUACACACUCACGACCAAUACCAAUAUUCAGAUUCGCAUGGACAAACUGUUGCCUUCCCGUCACAAGACUACCCAUCAUCAGCAUCAGGCCCUCAGACAUAUCACGCAUAUACUCCCACAACACCAUCACCACCUCACGAGUACGCAUCUACUCCCCAGCAUGUCACAGUAUCACGAGGUUCGAGACCACUACCUCAACCGCAGACGGCUAGCAACGCACCAAGAACUCGCCAUCUUUCCGUAGCUGUACCUCCGUCAUCAAGCUUCCCUCAGUCGCUGAAUGCACGUAGCCCUGUCCCCUCUAACAGCGCCAAUUUUCUCAACGGUUUGGCCUUCCAAAAUAUCCCUCCACCUCCACCGCUUCCGACGCAGUAUCAUUCCACCGCACAUCCCCAUUCUGGGCAUCCAUCGCCUCAAGGGGAACCGCAGAAUCCAGGCGGAGCAUCCUAUGCACCUCUGCCGACUCCACCGGCUCAGCCACACUCGAAUGCGUCCCCUGUACGGCCCGGCCUGCCGCAGCCCCCCAUGGGAUAUCAUCCAGUGCAGCCUGCAUAUCAGCCCCUCCCUCAGCCACCCCCGCCCCCACCCGACACGUCACGCCAUGGACAGUUUCCCCCUUCAUUAUUAAAUGCUCCGCCCGCCAAUCAUUCUUAUUUCCCUGGCCCACCCCCUCGGCCUCCACAGAUGGUUGAUCACUCACAUUGGGGUCACCAAGGCAGCUAUGGACAUCCAGCAUCCGCACAAGGAGACUGGCAAUAGUCGAAUAUCCGUAGUAAUCGCAGUAGCAAUGUAGACAUAAGUUGGACUGUAUAUCCUUUCAUUUUCUGAACAUCCACGGCACUGUCGCUCCUUAGGUACGCGAUACCUGUAGAAAAUUGCUGUAUCUCAAUUCAUCUAUAAAGUAAUAUUUGAUGCAAAGUCUGGAGAUAUCUUGAGUUGCAAUGGGGGCGUCACGAACGAUUCGCAUUGGCUUGUUCUUCCAGUCGUCGAGUCCUUUCUGCUCGCCACUUCGCA